AUGCCAAAAGGAAAAAAACAAAUUCAAAUUCAAAAAAAUCCAAUGUUAGGAGGCUUUCCACCUCCAAACCUUUCGUUAACGAACAUGGAAGAUGAUCCCCCAGAUUUUGAGUUGCCUGACAUUCCGCCUUUCACUAAAGUUGCCACUGACGACAGUGCUUAUAAAACUUGGGUAUGCUUGUAUCCUGUUUACUUUGAUUCAACUAAAUCUCAUCAAGAAGGAAGAAGAGUAGUAAGUGAACUCGCGGUACCCAAUCCUUUAGCGAAAGAUCUUGCCGAAUCUGUAAAGAUUUUGGGAUUAUCUUGUGUAUUCGAGCCACAUAAAACACAUCCCAGAAAUUGGGAUAAUCCCGGAAGGGUACGAGUACAAUUAUUUAAUGAUCAGAAAAUUCCUUUAAAUAGUAAUAUUCCGACACGGAAAGAGUUAAUCAAGCAAGUGGCAUCGGUAAUGUCAGAGGUUCAAAAAACUAAUCCACAACAAUUUCCGCCCAGCCAUUCUCCAGCAGUAUCUAGGGGUAUAUUGAAAGAGGGAAAAAGUAACGAUUCUGGGUCUACAGCUAGUUCUACUUCAACUCCAGUAACAACAGGACAAGCUGCUUCAGGAAGUGGAUCAAAUACUUCAACUGCUUCACCUCAGAAGAAGAAGGGAAGAAAAGGUCGAAAAUGA